CAAUCCGUAGGAAGUCUAGGGACUAGGGAGCAGGGACCCGGUCGCAACGCUAAGCCCCACCUUUUGUUGAGAGUCCCCCCUCCCAAUUGGUUCAACGAAUGCCUCCAAAAAAAGUUCGGGUCCAGCAACGCGGAAGAGCAUCGCACACGACAUGCCUUCCACGUUCCGCCCUCACCCUCUCUAAACGCCUCUGAACCCUCCCUGACGCCGACUGACCCUACAAUCUCAGUGGCCGAAGUAGGAGGAAUCUCCGCCGUCGGCCGGCGACCAACCAGUAGCACCAUGAACACUUUACGACCACUGCCGCUGCUGAGCCGGCUCGGCUUCGGCGCACGAACAAUAGCGGGCGUGCGACACGCCAGCACAGAUGCAACACCCGCUCCUACAACACCAAGCGCAAUACCGGUACCGGUACCAGCAGUCAGCGGCGCACCAAAACAGGGGAAAGAACGGAGACCGCGGUCGAUCCCACCACCCGGCCAUGGAGAGCGCCUCUGGGUGCACAACCACAUCACUGCAGACCUCAUUGUCUAUUCCUUGACACCCGAAAUGAAGAGCACCAAAGCCUUCCGACAGUUCGCCUACACGGGCAAGAAGCUAGUGCCCGCCAAGCUGCGCAAGGACUACUGGCGGCCGAUGGCGGUGGUGGAGUUUGCAGAGGGCAAGGGAGAGGUGGGCCGCAGCGUGUUCCAGAAGCUGCGCGAGCUCAAGAAGCGGCACUUGCUCGAGUGGGAGGACGAGGCGCUGCUCAACAUGUCGAAGCGCGAGCGCGGCAAGGCGCUCAACGACCAGCGCGGCAUCGCCGUGGCCGACAUCGCCCAUGUUUUGGCCGGCAGGGGCAAGGGAAAUAAAGUUGUUGUUAGCGAGGAGGAUGAGAAGAAAGCAAAGAAGGGGCGGGGGAACCACAAGGACGGGGAGGUUCCUUUGGACGGGGUGGUUGAGGUGAAGAAGGACCAGGAUGCGGCCGAGAAGGUCAAGUUGCACCAGGCGACGGUUUACUGGGCGAAUGAGCAGGACAAGUACUUUGCGCAGGAAUGGACGGAGAACGUUAUCCAUGUUGUCGGUUUGCCGGAGAAGGGGACGGACAAAGGGGAAGAUGCGGUUGAGCCCGCGGCGUCCGAGACCGAAGCUGCAGCCGAGGCUCCCAAGGCGGAAGCGGACUGAGGUUCUCAGCAACGGGGACGGAUGGCGAGGGGAGGCCAGGGUCAAACAGAAUCUCUGCAUGGAGCAGACUUGCUGCUCGAUGGCGUGUCUGAAAUGCGGGUACUGUACCUAGGUAUAUUGUAUUGUAACAUGUAUAUCACGUCAAUGCAUAGAAAGGCAAUUUACAGA